AUGUUUCAAGACAUAUUCAAAUCUGACCUAGAUUUUACAAACGAGUUCAGCCAGACUCCUGAACUAUUUUGGAAGAACUCUGAUGAGAGAGUCUACUUUAUUGGAAAUACCUAUAACCCAGACUUCCAAUUUGAGGAGAAUGCAUAUCUUAAUGGUGAGGUGCUAGCUAAAAAACCUAGCCUGACCUUGGAUGAGGCCAAACAAGCAAGACAAGACUGACCCCAUGAAGCUACAUGACUAUAUUCGCAAUGUCUUAGAAGCGAAGGUCUAUCUCUUAAUGAAAUCAAUGAUACAAGCUUCUUCACUUUACCUAAAGAGGAAUUACUCGAAGGGAAUCACAAAUGUACUAAUAAGCACAAAAUCUAUAAAGAAGGUAUGGAAGUAGGCAUCUAUCUGGGAGAUAAUGACUCACAAGUUAAAACUGAUAUGCUGAGUUUCGACAAAGUCUUUGAAGAAAUAACUCAUAAACCAGACAGCGUAACCACAAAUGUAUCUCAGGCUGAACUUACUGGUAAAUGCACAAGAUGGAGAAAGCAAGAUGAUAUUGAACUAUUUAAAGCAUUCAGAAUGUGUGAAGAGCAAGGUCUUAUAACCCUCAACGAGAUCAGAAACUUUCAAAAUUCCUCUGAAAUCCAAGCCCACGCAGGCAUGCAGAUGAUUAAGCAAACUCUUGGAUGUAGGCAGUCUCCUAAAUUUUUGGCAAAUAGGAUCAAAAUGAAGAUGAAUGAUACUUUCUCGGUAAGAGAGACCAAGAUUCUAAAGAAGUUAGUUAAACAAUACAACUACACGUGAAUUCCUUACCAAAAAUUACUGGCACAUUUCUCAGGGAAGACACUUGAGGGCCUAGAGAGGGCAUGUAAUAACCUGUGUGAGAACAAGAGGCACAAGAUGCUAACCAGAGUGCAACAGGCUUAG